UAACAUACUUCAUUUGUCGAAUUCACUGUUUAAUUUGAUAUUAUGAUUAUGACACUAAUAUUAUGAUUUUUCCAGUCACUAGACCUAAUUGCCCCUCGUCCUACGAACUCGUGAUUUGAUCAUAGUGAUUGCUCUCAAAUUAUUGCUAAAUAACAAAGUUUUCAUCGAAAAAUGGAAAUGUAUCGAUAACGUUUUUGUGGUCUUGUGGUAUUAAUUUCGAUAAUCUAGUUCGAUCUCCUGUAUUGAGAGGUACGCCACUGUGAAACUCCCACAACAAUAUUGAGGAUGACAAGAAGUGUAAAGGCAGCUGUUGAGAUGUCGCUUUUACUAUUUUUUUCCAUAAUGUUUCUUAGACAAACGCCAACGGAAAUGAUUCUUGAUGAAUCGCUGGUAUCAGGCCAAUGACUUUAUGAGUACGACCAUGUGUGUACAGGGUGGACUAAGUUUAAACAAAAUUAGCAUUUCUUUUGGUUUUUCAAAAGUCCGUUCUAAUUCUUCUGUUCCAAUAUCUUCAAUAACUUAAUAUUCAAAUAAUUGUAAUUGUAAUGUUCCAAUCCAGUUUCCAUGACGACAACCCUCAGAAAUCGAAAAAUGUAUGAAAUGUAUCGUCUCAAAGGGACUUGUCAAACGUACAUUCUAACGAAGAAUACUUGUUUUUCAAUCCUUUCUAAUCCUUUUCAUUUUUUACAGGACGGUGACCCAGUGGAACCGGGCAUGGACUGCCUGCAGCUACGCCAACCAGCAGGGCCCUUCCACUACCUCAUCAGCGAGCAAGCCAAGUCGCUGGUGGCCCUCCAAGAGCUCCAGCAUGAGGUGGGAGCUCUACUCGAGUUCCGCGACCUCGUCAUGGAGACGUUCCCUAACCUGCGCACCAAGUUGGCGGCUUCGACGCCAGCCACGAUGACGUCGCACCACCACCAUCACCACCACCCUAACUCAAAUAUACCCGUUUCGAUACGACCAGGCGAUUGGACGCCCGGCAUCAGGGUGCGGAAGAAAAUCGGCAGUAAAGACGAGGGGAGGAGCAAGAAGGGAGAUAUAGCGGUGCAGGACUCUGGAUUCAGUACGGAGACGUCGAGCAAGGAGACGCAUAGCGCGAGCUCAACGGUGCCACCUCCGUCGUCUACCGCUACCGGCGCUGCAGACACGGACGAAGUAGAAGACGAACUCUGGAACCUUUUGGACAUCAUCCACCGCAAAGGCAGUCGACUCAAACACGAGGCCGAGGCGCUCCAAGGCACCAUCCGCCAACAGGGCGAGAGAGACGGUGCUUUUCACAAAGAAAAUGAUGGAACGUUCCAGCGUGCUCUCUUCCACUCUUCUCCGGAUGACGCCAGGCAGCUGCGUCAAGAGCGCGACCAACUUUUGGACAGGCUGGCCGAGAUGGAGGCGGAAGUUUUGGCGGGUAGAGUGCACACCUCCAGGCUGCAAGAGGACUUGGAGUCGCUGCUCAGCGCCAAGCAGGAUCUGGAGGAGCAGCUGAAAGCGGUUGUGACGCAAAGAGGUGAAGUGAAUUCCAGGAUCCACGACUUGCACCUCCAGUUCGUGACCAAAAGCGGCUCUACGGACAGUGAGAAAAUAAACAGAUUUUCGGUCGGGGAGAGAAGAGACUCGUCGUCUUCUUCCUCCAGUCAAAGAACUAACCGGAAAAGUGUCGUUAGUGAACUCGACAGUGUCUUAGGCGAUAAGUUGCCAAAAGUUUCGACCGUAGCGGACAGUAAGAAGAUAUCCGCGAUACUGAAAGAGCACGAUCCUCUGGUGUUGCAGAAACAUCUGCUGUCGUCUACUGUGCAGAAUCAGGUUUUUCAAGAACAGCUCGAUUCUGCUAUCAGUUUGGAAGUCGAACUCAGGGACAAGCUCGACAAGUUUAAGGAGGAAAAUGAGGAUUUGCGAUUUCAGCUCCAAGACAAAAGCAUCGAACUGGAAGGCACCAGAGCGAGAGUCCGCUUGCUCGAAGACCUCCAAAAACCUCUGAACAAGAGCAGCUCCCCCGACAUCAUCCCCGUGACGUUGGAUACGACGCCGCCCGGUCGACCACCUUCGAGGACGGAAAUCUCCACGGCCAGCAUGAAGGCCAUGAGUCCGCUGACGUUGAGCAGCUUGAAGGCCGUCGCCUUGAACAUGGAUCUCUCGAGCAGUACAGAGUCUGCGCACGAUCAGUCGGCAGAGAAGGAGAGGAGGGAUAGCGCUGGGAAGUCGAGGAGGCCCAGCAAGAUCCCGUUGAAAAAUCACACGGCGCCUAAACCUCCACAAGGUAAACACAGCCCGGCACCAGGCACUCGUAACCGUAGCAGCGACUCACCAGGUAGACCGCACUCUGCACAGUCGUGGAGGAACAAGAGCGAGGGCAACAGCCUGAUCGGCUCCAAAAGCAACACCUCCCUGUCCAAGUCGAGGAACAGCUCGCUGGUCUCCGCCAAGGACUCCCUCUCCAGCAAGCUGCGCAACAGCGACUCUCUGAUGAAGCUAGCGCCUCCAGUACCCCGUGGGGGAACGCUGAAGAAGACCAGCACGCCGAUCAAGAAGGAGGGUUCCUCCGUCAGCGAAAAGAUACCAAACUCAAACUCAGCAAGAGAAAGAUCUCAGUCUCCAUGGAUUCUCUCUUCAUUUAACAGCGAUCGGGAGGCUGCCUACCCGGAUUCCUUGGACAAAAACGAUUCCAUCCAGCAAUCCAUCACUGAUAAUUCCGGCAGCCAUCGCUUCCAAACGGCCAAUACCUUUUUGUGGACUGCAGGAAAUGCCCGGGACAACAUCGAAUUUUACGACAGCAUAGACACCAACAUGGCUUCCAGCUUGUUUCACGUCAAUGGGGAAGAGUUGGCCGAGUGCGACUCCCUGGAGAGACACCUGUCGGAUUUUUCCGACAAGAAGUAGUUUUCUUCUUCUCUGGAGUUGCUGUUGGCUUGGUUGUGUUUCGCUUUGGGGUGUUUUGUUGUUGGUUUCAGCGUUUUGAUAGAAAUGUGAGGUUAAUUUGUGCAAGGCAAAUAUUGUCAUUCACGCCCUAGAGAAUUGAGUACAUAUUUCAGCUCGUCUCGGCGUUUAAGGGUAACUGGGUUGGUUUUUGUACAUUUUUUAGGUGUCUUGCAGGUCUAUUUAUAAUAUAGAAAUGUAUGAGGAAGUAAAUAGGGUGGCAGCAUUGCGUAGAGCAAGACCGCUGCGCCCCCAACGAAGCUCCCCUUAAUUAAUAACUUAAGGAGUAUGUCCAAAUGGCCACUAGAAAGAAAGGAAGAGAGAGAGAAAGAAAUUGUCACCUUCACCAUAAAAAACAAGGUUUAUGCACUUUAUUUAAAAAAAGGAGAAAUUACUGCAUGUUAGGAAGAGUUUUGUUGACUUGCUAUCGUGUUAACAGUGUACUAGGGCCGAAUAUUUGAAAUGAAUGUGAUGGAGUCGAUCAAUACAAAGAAAAUUCGUGAUAACAAUUUUAAUCAACACUAACAAGCCAUAUUUUUCACAAAUCACGUGAAAAACACAUGUCGUGUUCAUAAGUCUACAAAACGGUAACACGUGUUUCACAAAACCUUCAAUAUAUGGGAAACAUGUGUUACAGCUUUGUAAACUGUUGAGUCAUAAUCUAACAAUGAAAUUCCACCUGAAACAGAUACUAAUGUUGGUUUACUGAAAAAAAUGUUUGUUUGACUUGGAGAAUAAUGUAUAUUCAGGUAAAAUAAAUUGUUGACAACCGAAAUUUUUGGUUCCCUUGAUGUCUAUUUUCGCCAUCUUCAAAAUGUCACCAUUAACAGAGAACCGAUCAACAACUGUCCUUGAAUUCCCUAGAAAUUGCCAACUUUUCAACAAUGAAUAUAACUCCUAUAAUAAUGAAACAGCAAAAUGCUACAGGAGGUUUAAAAUUAGUUUAAACUGGAGCUCAAACUGUAGCUAGGGUUUUAAGUUUGGUUUAAACCAAACCUGCAAAACAAGCCUGAAUUCCAAACUUUAUCACAAUGGUUACUGUCUACUUUUAGUGUCAGCGGCAGUAAAAGUGGCAGCUUUGAAAAGUACUCAGAACAUCAUACAUUUUUAACGUCUCAUUAGCAUUUUUGCAUUGGAAUAAAAAAUUAUGUCUUAUUCAGAGAAAAGGGUUUCAUAGGUGGCUAACAUGGUUGUCAUACUUCCCUACUGUCACCUGUCAAUCUCCAUGAUUGCUACAGAAAACAUCGCUAGUAAAACGAGGUACUCCUAGAAUUAUAAAACAUUGGCAGAUAAUACUUUUUCCAUCAUAAGAUUAGUAUGUUUUGUUUUUGAAAUUGUCAUAUCACAUUCCUGUUCCGUAAUAUUCACGCAAUGUAAAGAAAACCAUUAUUUGUUAUUAUUUGUAGCGUAUAAACUGAAGUUUCAGUGCAGCAUUGGCAUAAAUCAAAAUAACUACACCACACACUUAUGAAAUUAACGCCGGUAACCAGGCCAAGACAGGAAAAUGAAAUCAUGCCAAAAAGUAAGUAAAAAAAUUCGAAUUUGUGACUCGUUUGUGACAUUCCUAUUGUUUUUCAAAUAUUCUGAAGACUAAUAAUCUUCACUUAGAUAAUGUAAUUAACGAAAAUGAAUUCGUAGGGACCAUUCAUGAAUCGUGUCAUGAAUGUUUACUGUUUCAACUAAGGAAUAAAUAUNCUAAAU